ACGCGCCUUACACGUAUGACCACGGUCACCACAUGCCACCCUAUAACAGGCAACUGUCCACCCCUUUGUGAACGGCAAAAAUCAGAGUAUAAAAGAAGGGGGGUGUUGGUGGCAAAAGGGGGAGAAGGGCGACAUCUCUGCUCUCUUGGGAUCAGUCCACGAAUCUUGUCUCUUCUCUUCUCCUGAAGGGCCACCUUUGGGAACCAAGUUGUAUCCAGAAGAAAGAAAAUUCCUGUAGAAGGGCAUUUCUGAGACUAAGGAGUCCUCUCUCUUACAGAAUUCAGGCACCAAGAUAUGAUGAUGAAGAUCUUGGGACCCAAAUAGCCGGGUGCUGGAGUUCAACACACUGGAGAACAGUCUGACUUCUGCUGUGUUGCCAUAUUCUGAACCCUCCUUUGAGCAAUAUGAGUUUGCUGUAGUUCUGGAACCUCCAUGGGAACUGUCUAGAACUCUUGUGAAUUUUUGCUCUUUUUGUUUUUCUCCUUUCUUAGGUGCUUCCCUCCCCUCAAGGACUGGUCAUCACACUGACGUGCCCACCCAGCAUAAACCAACUGCUCUUACUGGGGUACUGUACUUUAUACCUCCGGUUUAGCCUGAAACUUUAAAAUUACUGCUGUUUUGAAGAGUGGACCUGCCAUUAGUUCCAGCUAUCCGGAAAAGCUUUUCGCGUGCGACACCAGCGAGGGCGAGCAGCUCCCGUUCCUCAGCCGUCCCCAGCCUGCCUCCACUGCCAGCAUGGCCACGGGCGCAGACUGGAACUGCCCGAUCUGCCGCGAAGCCUCCAGCAACAUUGCCUACGUGGGCAACUGCCUGCACCAGUUCUGCCACAGCUGCAUCGUGCGCUGGGCCAGAAAGAACCCGUCGUGCCCGCUGUGCCGGCGGACGGUGCACACCAUCAUCUACCCAGCGGGGCCCGACCACGAUUUCGUGCAGACGGCUGUGCCGCGGCUCCCGGAGCCGCAGAACGCCGGCCCGCGGGACGAGCCGAGGGCCGCGGAGCCGCAGCCUCAGGGCUACGUGGCGGGGCUCUCUCCAGAGACCUGGGCGCUUUGCUUCCGCACCCACGCCGAGAUCCUGCGGCCGGUGGAGCUGUGGCUGGACCAGGUGCUGUUCGGGGCCUGCUGGUGGGACGUGGUCUUCGCGCAGGGCAGGAUCGUGGCCAGCCUGUGCCGCUACGGGCUGCACGAGGAGGCCUUGACGCGGGAGCUGCAGCCCUUCCUGCGGGAGCAGACGCUCAGCUUCGUGAGGCGGCUCAUCGAGGUGGUGUCCGAGCAGUGCAGCGAGUUGGCGGGGAGCAGCAGCAGCCUGGCCGAGAGUGAGGUAAGGGACGAGGCGGAGAAGUCCCUCAAUGGCUCAUCGCUUAGGGGUGUUACCUUGUUCAAUGGUGGUGGGGAGUUGACAGCAGGAAAGGCAGAGGCAGUUCCUGAUAGCGGAUGGUCUCGCUAG